AUGAAAAGUCUAACUUCAAAGGAUUAUAUAAACAAAUAUACUCAUAUCUUUUAAGAAUCUUUACCUCUUUGUAUAUAAUAUAGAAAGGACAAGGAAUGGGAUUAGAUUAUUUACUUAAUAGGAGAUCAUAUUAAAGAAUUUGAUAAGCUACCAAAUGGAAUCAAACAAAAAGUAGAUUAAUUUACAAAAAGCUCAUUAUAUUUUUUUUUAGCUGAAGCCCAAUAUCACUUAAAAUAAAGUUUAACAGCAGAGGGAUUAUUGGAUCUUGAUACAAAUGAUGAAAAGAUUAAUUAAAUAAAAGCUAAAACAUAUUUCAUGUUAUAUAAGUAAACUAAUAAAAUUGAACAUAUUGAAUAUGCAGCUAAAUUAGCAGAAUAGUUUUUUGGAACUGAUCAUAAAAUCAGUUAGUUUUAUUAAACUGAAUUAGAAUANAAGAAAGAAGCACUUUUUCUUUCAGUUUUUAAUCAAUUUAUCUCUUCAUACCUUUAUGUUUAAGCAAUUUAAAUUUUAUUAAAAUCAUUAGAAUUACUUAAUAGGACUGAACAAGUGGAACAUAAACAUGAAAAUCCACAAUCAAAAGGAAAUUGA